AUGCAGUCAACUAGCCAGGUCAUACAACCAAAUAACCAAGUAAUACAAGAACUACGACAAUCCAUGCAAGAGCUCAAAGAUGCUAACACUCAAGCUACUGGGGUGGCAAAAUGGAUUGGCCAAAGUGAGAAUGAACACUCAUCUAAACAUCAACUUUACCCAAUGACUCAAUAUUGGGACAAUGAGAGCAUAGUGGAUAACAAUGAGGAAAAAGAGCUUCGAAGUCGAUUGAUGGCUGAAAGACACUACAUGAUUGAUGAGGAUGAUGCUAGAAAAUCUUAUCAUGAGCAUGUCCAAGCCACCACCAUACUUGAAAGUGAGGAAAUUGAUUCUUGGCAUCCCUCUGGAAUUUUAAUUGAUGUCUUUGGGCAUAGAGUUGUCUAUGAUGCUCAUAGUAGUUUGGAGGCUAAGUUGUCUUCUGUCAUUCUUAAUGGUGAUUGGUUUUGGAGACGAGCCAGGUCUGAGGCUCUAGUGGAGAUUCAAGCUAGGCUUCAUGAGAUAAGGUUUGGACCUUAUGACAAACCUGUAUGGACUGUUUCUAGGGGAGGUUCAUAUGUUAGCUCAGAAACUUGGGAUUUUCUUAGAGAAAAGAAGGUAGAGGUUAGUUGGUGGAAGAUGGUGUGGUUUCCAAAUGCUAUCCCUAAGCAUGCUUUCAUUUUAUGGCUUGCUGUACAGGACAGGCUUCUCACUGGGGAUCGGUUGAUGAAAUGGGGAUAUAAAGGUGAGGUUAAGUGUUUCUUCUGUCAUAAUCAAAUUGAAAGCAGGGAUCAUUUGUUUUUUGAGUGUAGCUUCAGUUACAGAAUAUGGAAGUUUUGUAUGCAUCGGUGCCAUGAAAACAAUUCUCCUAUUAUCUGGGAUGAGGUUCUGAAGUUAGGAAUCAGCAAAUGGGGAACUAAAACUCUUAAAGGUCUCCUCUGCCACCUUGUGCUAGGAUCUGUUAUUUACAAUUUGUGGUGCACUAGAAAUGAAUUGAAACACUCUGGUCAUCCUAUUUCUGAGGAACAGAUUUUGAGGAAAGUUCUUUGGGAAGUGAGAACAAGAAUUGCAGGGAAGGGCAAGUUUUCUGAAAACAGAGAGAAUUUGGUUUUAGCUGCUCAGUGGAAUUUACCUGCAGAUUUAUUCUUGUAA